GGCGCUGUCCAAUAUGGCGGCUGCCUGCUGAAGGAGGCGACGCGGCGGCCUUAGAGACCCACGGAAAUGGCAGCGAAGGAGCCCGGCAAGGGCUCGGCCAGUGUCGCUCAGGCGGCCGGGACGGGCAGCGGCGGCGCGGAGGACGUUCUGCCCGGGUUUCGGGACGCCGAUUCCUUCGUCAAGCAUGCCCUUGGCACAGUGGUGUCUGCCACCAAGGCGUCGAGCGGCCUUCCUCAGCCCGGAGAUGAGUAUGACUUCUACCGCAGCUUCCCAGGCUUCCGAGCCUAUUGUGAAACACAAGGAGACCGAUUGCUGCACUGCAUGAGCAGAAUAAUGCAGUAUCACGGCUGCCGCAGCCACAUCAAAGACCAUAGCAAAGUCAUGGAGCUGGAGGACAAACUCGAUUUGCUGGUGGAUGCCAACGACGCCAUCCUGGAAAGAGUGGGCAUUCUACUGGACGAAGCCGCAGGCGUGAACAAGAACCAGCAGCCCAUCCUCCCUUCGGGCUUGCAGCUGCCCAAGACCAUCAUUUCCAGCUGGAACCGCAAGCAGAGCGGGGAGGCCAACAAGCGGACCAAGUCGGAAACCUUCCGCUUGCUCCACGCCAAGAACAUUGCUCGGCCGCAGCUCAAGUUCCGUGAGAAGGUUGACAAUUCCAACACCCCCUUCGUUCCCAAGCUUUUUGUCAAACCCAACGCUCUGAAGCCACUGCCAGAAGCGCUCUCGAAAAGCCGGCGAGAACGGAAGGAGCGCCCCGAGGACUUGGAUGUGCCAGCUGCCCUGGCCGACUUCCUCCAUCAACAGAGGACUCAGCAGACAGAGCAAGACAUGUUCGCUCACCCUUACCAGUACGAACUGGAGCGCUUUUCUCCAGCUGACGACCUUCUCGAGAAACCACAAAUCCAGGUGCACCGGCCUGUCUCGGAAACACCGUGCCACUUCAUCUCCACCGUGGACCAGCUGGUGGAGUUGAACGAGAAGCUCCGGGGCUGUAAAGAAUUUGCUGUGGAUUUGGAGCACCAUUCCUACCGGAGCUUUCUGGGUUUGACGUGCCUGAUACAAAUCUCUACCCGGACGGAAGAUUUCAUCAUAGACGCCCUGGAGCUGCGCAGCGAGCUGUACAUCUUGAACGAAACGUUCACAGACCCCACGAUUGUCAAGGUUCUGCACGGCGCUGACUCAGACGUGGAAUGGCUCCAGCAGGACUUCGGCCUCUACUUGGUGAACAUGUUCGACACCCACCAAGCGGCUCGGCUGCUCAGCCUAGGCAGGCACUCUCUGGACCAUCUGCUCAAGUUCUACUGUGAUGUGAAUGCAAACAAGCAGUUCCAGCUUGCUGACUGGAGGAUCCGCCCCUUACCAGAGGAGAUGGUCCAUUAUGCGCGCGACGACACUCACUACCUGCUCUAUAUCUACGACCGAAUGAGAGAGGACCUCUGGGAGAAAGGCAACGGGCAGCCAGCUCAGCUGCAGUCCGUGUGGCAACGGAGCAGGGACAUCUGCUUGAAGAAAUACGUCAAGCCCAUCUUCACAGAUGACUCGUACCAUGAGCUCUACCGCAAGCAGAAGAAGCUUCUCAACACUCAACAGCUCACAGCCUUCCGGCUCCUCUUUGCCUGGCGGGACAAGAUGGCACGCCAAGAAGAUGAGAGCACCGGGUAUGUGCUGCCAAACCAUAUGCUGCUGAAGAUCUCCGAGGAGCUGCCCAAGGAGCCCCAGGGCAUCAUUGCCUGCUGUAACCCAGUUCCACCACUCGUCCGCCAGCAGAUCAACGAAAUGCACCUCUUAAUCCAGCAGGCCCGAGAGAUGCCCCUGCUGAAGUCUGAAGUCGCAGUUGGAGUGAAAAAGAAAGGCCCUCUUCCCAACCCAGAGAAACUGGAGAGCCGUUUCUUCGGGCCACAUGACAGCUCGCAUGUUGCUCAGGACGAGAAGCGGAACCAGUUGGAACUCGAGCCCAGACUGGCCCUAGAACAUGCCAGUCUCUUUUCUGAAACCAAAGAGGAAGUCGACAGGAUUGGGGAGCCGCCAACUUCACCGUGCCUCCUUUUGAGAGCCAGCAUCAGUAUUUUCAAUGAGCCUGAAGCCAACGAGAAGGAGGACGAGAACUUGACGGCGGCCCAGCGGAAAGCCCAGUGCAUCAUGGACUCCUUUGAAAAUCCUUUUCGAAUGUAUCUGCCAACGGAGCAGAGCCCUGCUCACGUCUCCCAGUCCGCAAAGUCUGACCCCUCCUCAAAAAUCUACGAGAUCAGUAAUCGGUGGAAGUUGUUGAGCCAAGCACAGCUGCAAGCAGCAGCAAAGAAGGAACCUGCAAAGAAACCGCAUCUGCAACAGCAAACAGCAACACGGGAGGCUGCUGAAAAGCAGUACAGAGAAAAAGCCGCCCACGCUGCCUCUGUGCGCCAGCUUGUCGCUCAAGAACACGCCAGCAAAAAGAGGGCGCGAGUGGCCAGUGAACCAGGAACAGAGACACCCAAGCAAGAGAAGAAGAAGCCCAAAGCCUCCCAGAAGCCAGAGGCACCAGAAGAUGCCAAGCCUUUCACCCCCUUUGACUACACCAAGUCUGACCUCAAAGUCUUUGCUGUGCCUGGCAAGUCCAAGGCCUCGUCACAGUUCGAUCCCGCCAGGCAGGCCCACACCAAGAAGAAAAUUUCAGGAGCUGGCAAAGCUCAACAACCAGCUGGAACAAAAAGCAUGUCCUACCUGCCUGGGAAAUCCAACCGGGGCUUCAGGCAUAACUGGCCAAAAAGAUAACACUGUUGAAGUAACCCAUCAGAAAGAACCAGGGAAGGCACUUUUGAAACAGUUUUUUGCCAGGAGGCGAGGAGGACUCCAGCCGCUGUUUUUUUGUAUGGAUUCUUGGUUUUUUUUAAAAAACACACACAAUUAAACUGCCAUUACUCCCCCCACACCUCCAAAGUGGGGAAGGGGAAAAUCUUAA